AUGAAAUUAACAUUGAUUACACUCUGCCUUUUAGUUGCAUCAUUCGCACAAGAUCUCUAUUUUGUGAGUGAUCCUGAAGCAUUGUGUUUGGACGGUUCGCUAGGAUCUUAUUAUUUUGCUGAAGGGUACGGAUCUGGAUCAGACAAUUACAUAUUUCAUUUUACUGGAGGAGCGUAUGACUCUUUGGAUUCAAGGAUUUAACGAAUAGUAGUUGUUGAACUCAGCCUAUAAAAGACAUAAUUGGGGAGCUCGAAAUACAAUGACCCGAAGAUCACUUAUGAUGGGUUCUUCUCUAGAUCACAAUCUUCCAAUCCAGAUUUCUACAAUUGGAAUAUCAUCAACAUCAAUUACUGUGAUGGCACAGGUCAUUAAGGUUACAGGAAGGAUGCUUCAGUCUACAAUGGCAAGAAAUUGUAUUUCAGAGGAGAUAGAAUAGUGAGAUCCAUUAUUAACGAAUUCUAUGAAAGAAUGGUUAGAGGUUCCACAGUGAUUGUCUCAGGGUGUUCAGCAGGAGGAUUGGCGGCAUAUUACUGGGUAGAUUAUUUUAGAGGUGUUUUGCCUUUGAAUGUGAAAGUAUUGGGAGUCCCUGAUUCUGGAAUCUUUAUUGAUAUGAAGUCCUUUGAUGGAACUGAAGGGUUCAAAUUGUCAUUGUUUGAAUUGUUGAAAUUGGUUAACCAAGAAGUCAGCAAUCCAAAUACUGAAUGUGUGUAGAGCAAUCCAAAUGAACUUUGGAAAUGCUUCUAUGCUCAAUAUUUACUUAGAUAUGUAAAUGUCCCCAUCUUCAUUGUCAAUUCCUUAUAUGAUUCUGCCAGUAUCGAAGGUCUUUUAAAAAUAUCCUGUGCUUCUGGGAAUUCUCUAUCAGAUUGUUCUUAGAAAGAAAGGAAGUAUAUUGAAGAAUUGCAUACGAACAUACAGACUGUAGUGUCAGGAAGAAAGUCGAUCUUCAGAGACUCAGGUUCUUUUGCACCAGCCUGUCUAGAACAUUGGUAUGUCAUUAGAAUCUACAUUAGUUUCUUAUAAACAUCAUAUUAUCAAUCAAGUUCAUGGUAAGUCCCAGCAAAAUCCGGGUUUACUAUUCAAAAGAGUCUGAGAUAGUGGUUAGUACAAUUCAAUGUUGGAAAUCUAGAUAAUCAUAUAGAUUCAGUAGAUUGGCCUAGUAACUAAGCUUGUUCGAAUGCCUGA